AUGCCUAGGAAAGGUAGGAGAUCCCGGGCUCAGAAAGUUCGUUGGAGAAAGUUAGACCUGACAGGACAGACGAGCGUCAGUAAAGAUGUUGCUCAGGUUUCUGAUGGACAGCAGUAUGAAGAUGGUGACAGCACAUCUAGAAUUCUGUCCGUGCAGGCGUCUCACUGCCAGAGUGAUGCAAGGUAUGAUGUUUUCUCACGAAACAGUCAGUGCACAUGUGUAGCUCUGACAUUCCUUGCGUACCACAGUGAGGGAACUUCGUUCGAACAGCCUGAUCUUGACAGGGUGCUAGAGGAAGGGGAUGCUCUGUAUGUCGGCAUUAAAAUGCAGCUUAUGGCUGAAGGAAGAUUCCGACAGGAUCUUCUAAGCAUGGCUGAAGUACCUCUGAGCAUCUCAACUUCUAACCACAACUACAGCGUCCAAAAGUCAGAAGUGGUGAUGGGGUAUCUGAGAGACAGAGGAACUCAGGAAAUGGAUGCAUGGUGGAUUCCUCUUGAUGAAAGACUUCAGUGUCUCUCAACAGAUGUCAGCCAUGCACUGCUUAUUGUUUCUCCAGAGUGCUUUGCUGUGUUCAGAGACAGAUCUGGAAGAUAUGGAUAUUUUGAUUCCCAUUCCAGAACUGCUGGAGGUUGGCCACAUCCUACUGGUGAUGGAACAGCAGUUAUGCUAACUUUCACCAAUCUGCAUGACAUGAUCAACAGAUUACUUGAGCUUUUUUGGAAUCGUGGUCCUCAAGCUUGCUAUGAAUUCAUGGCUGUUUCAUUUGAAAUGGAGCAACAGUCUGAGGAACCAUGCUCAUCAUCAGCAUGUGUGACACCAUCACCAGUAACUUCACCUCUGCCAAAAAAACCAACAACUGCUGACAUCAGAAUCCCUGAAAAUCUUGUUCCAACAGAUGACAAAAACCAAAGUGUCAUGAAGGUUUUAAAAACAAACAAGCAGCGAAGAAGAAAAGAAAUGCGUAAAAUUGUUUAUGAAAAGCAAGAUGCAGGACUUGUGGGUACAUCUUCACAUUUUGAAGUACGAAAACAAAAAAGAAGAGAAUAUGAGAGAGAGAAAUAUGCCACCAACAUGCAGUUUCGGCUGAAGAAAAGGGAGAUUACCAAAAAGAAGUAUGAUGAAGAUCCUUUUGCCAGAUACAAAAAGAUGGAAUACAUUACCAAGAGGUACAAGACAGAUGUUCUCUUCCAAAAGAAGCAGAAGGGGUACAUAAUUAAGCGGUACCACACUGAUGCUCUUUUCCAGAAGAAAAUGAAGAACUACAUGGUCACCAGGUACAAGACAGAUGUUCUUUUCCAGAAGAAAAUUAAGAACUACAUGUUCAGAAGGUACAAGACUGAUUAUCUUUUCCAGAAGAAGAAGAAGGACUGCAUGGUCAGGAGGUACCACACUGACGCCCUUUUCCAGAAGAAAAUUAAAGACUACAUGGCCAGAAGAUAUGCAAGUGAUUCAGAGUUUAGGUCACAUCACAUUCUUCGUUGUACUCUCCAGAAGAAACAGAAGUGUUUCACUGACGCUGGAUUCCACAUUCUUCACAAGUUGAGAUGUGCAUUAAGGAUCAAGAGAAAAUACAAGCCAUACAUUCGUUUCAGCCAGAAAACACCCAUUUCUGAUGCGACAAACCAGCCUGUGUCCAACAGCUUGAUUCAGAAGGCCAUAUCUGCAUUUCGGUGUCAAAUUCUGCAUGGUCCAACUUACAUCUGCACAGUCUGUCACAGGGCUCUUUUUCCAAAUCAAGUCAAGAUGUGUAUUAGAACACGAUACCGCAAAAAUGUUCAUAUUACAGCCUUUUGCUUAACCAGGAAAUAUGUUCAUGCUUGUGACAGUGCCUGCUCAGUUCCUUGUGCAGUUCCAGAAGAGCAAAGACAGGAGUGGAUCUGCCACACCUGUGACAGCCAUCUGAAGAGAGGAUCCAUGCCUUCUAUUGCGGCGGCAAACAGACUUGAAUUGCCACCCAUCCCUGCAGAACUGCUUGAGCUGAACGUACUUGAACGACAGCUUAUCGCCAAAAUUGUUCCUUUCGCAAAAAUAGUUGCAUUGCCCAAAGGACAGCAGCGGUCAGUGUAUGGUGCUGUUGUGUGUGUGCCCUCUGAGGUGGAGAAAACAGUUAACUGUCUCCCAAGGCCUAACAGUGAGUCCCAGCUCCUACAGGUGAAGCUGAAAAGACACAUUAAGUUCAGAGGAUACCAACACUUCCAUACAGUGAAUAUGCACAAUGUGCUAGCAGCGUUAGCAAAACUGAAAGCGAUGCAUUCAGAAUACAGGGACGUUGUGAUUAGUGACGCUGCCACAUUUGAAUUUCUCCCUGAUGAUAAGCUGGAUGACACAGAGGAGAAACAGGAAGUUGUUGUCUCUGAACAGGAUGACCAGAAUGUCAGCACAGAAGAAAAGGAUGAGCUCAGGCCUGGCCUCACUCUGGACACAUGCAUGCAGCCACUUGACAUUGGGCAGGACUUGCUGUCGUACGGUGAGGGAAUCUUCAGCAUUGCGCCUGCUCAAGGGAAAAAGCCAGUCGGAUUUUUUAAGGUUCCCAAAUUGGAAGCCAUGGCCUUCCCCGUACAGUUUCCCACUGGACAGAACACAAUUGAUGAGGCACGACAAGUUGCAUUAUCACCAAGCAUGUAUUUCAAUGCUAGACUGUUCUGCGUGGAUACUCGUUUUGCCAAAGACCAGAGUUAUCUCUUCUUUGCGCAGUUUGUCACUGAAACGCACAUGGCUAGAAACAGCAUGUCUAUCCAGUUGCGAAAGGGCAAACCUGUCACAAAAGAUGGACGUAGAAUCUCCAACAAGCUUCUUCAGAAUGAUCUUGAGGUCGAAAGACUGGUCCACAGCCGUGACGCCACAAGGUUUAUGCAACCCUUGAGAGGCACUCCAUCUUAUUGGGAGAAAACGUUGAGAGAUCUACAGGCCAUGGUCAGGCAGUUAGGGAAUCCUACUUUUUUUUGCACAUUCAGUGCAGCCGAAAUGCGAUGGCCAGAAGUGAUAACGGCGAUCAAGGCUCAGCAAGGUGAAGAGGUCGUCUUUUCAGAGCUUGACUGGAUGACGAAAUGUGAAAUCCUCCGAAGUAACCCCGUCACCGUCAUGCGGAUGUUUGAGAAACGAGUGGAUGCGUUAAUGAAUCAUCUGCUUUUGUCACCUGCUCAACCCAUCGGCGAAGUCGAGGAUUACUUUUAUCGUGUAGAGUUUCAAGCCAGAGGAAGCCCACACAUUCAUCUGCUGGCCUGGGUAAAAGGGGCACCCGAAUUCGAAAAUCAGUCUGACCAAGUAGUGUGUGACUUUAUUGACCGUUACAUAACCUGCCAGUUGCCGGACCCUACCACCGAUCCCGAGCUUCAUAAAAUUGUCACCGAAGUUCAGCUUCACAGCAGGAAGCACUCCAAAUCUUGCAAGAAAGGAAAUGUGUUGUGUAGAUAUGGGUUCCCUAAACUUCCCAUGUCAAGCACCACCAUCACCCGUCCACGACCACAACGUCCUGAGGAAGAUGAAAACGAAGACCAACACCACCAAGAGAGAAAAAAGAGAAGACGGGACGUUCCACAACGUCCUGAGGAAGAUGAAAAUGAAGACCAACACCACCAAGAGAGAAAGAAGAGGAGACAGGACGCUGCUCGAAAAGCAAUGAAAGAAGCCAGGACUAAACUCAAGCCAGUGUGGGACUUGUUAAACGAUCCCCAGGCCUCCUUUGACAACUUGUCAGACUUGCUGACCAAAUGUAAUCUGUCCAUGGAUGAUUACUGUAAAUACGCUGAGGCACUGUCCACUUCAAACGUGAUUUUGCUGAAGCGUGAUCCAAAGGAGGCUUGGGUGAAUGGAUACAACCCAGAUUUGCUGAGGGCAUGGAACGCCAACAUGGACAUACAGUUCGUCCUUGACUCUUUCAGCUGCAUCAUGUAUAUGUUGUCCUACAUUUCCAAGCCAGAACACGAAAUGAAUGAUUACCUGAAGACCGUGAUCAAGGGUGUUCGUGAAACCAACGUAAACGAAGAGGACGAAAUGAAGCAGAUAAUGCAGGCCUACUCCAAACACAGACAAGUGAGUGCUCAGGAGUCUGUGGCACGAACAUGCAGCUUACCAAUGAAGAAGUGUUCACGAAAUGUUGUGUUUAUCCCGACGGAUGAUGAUGCCCUGAGGAUGAGUUUGCCCCGUAGUGUCCUACACAGCAAAGAUCCUGAUUCAGAGGAUGUCUGGAUGUCAGGUAUUAUAGAGAAAUACAGAGCAAGGCCUCAAACACUGGAGUUUGAAAAGAUGUGCCUUGCAGACUUUGUGUCGAAUUACCGUGUUGUGUAUGGUCGGCAAACUAAAGGAAAGAAUGUCCUCCCCCUCCUCAACGAUAUGGGAUUCAUUCAGAAGAGAACUGUUGGUAAGGCUGCAAUUAUCAGGUAUGCUCGCUUUUCGGAGGAGAAGCAACCGGAGAAGUUUUGCGGAACAAUGGUAAAACUUUACGUGCCACAUCGUGUCAACGAACAGCUGAAACCUCAACGGUUUCCAACGUAUCAAGAGUUUUACAAAAGGGGACUUGUGGAACUCCCGUCACACCCCAAUCUCCGAUUCCCUGUCCGUGGCUUAGUUAAAGCACAACAGAAGAAGUUUGAAAAGCACGGCAAAAAAGUGGACGAAGCAUAUGAACAGCUGCAGCGGGAAGGACCAUCUGAGAAUGCUUGGUGUGCUUUUGCACCUGAAAUCGACGUUGAUCGGAUGGAGUGUAUUGCAGAACAACAAGACGUCCAUCAAGAAGAAGAUGAACAGGAUGAUGUUCCGGAAUAUCAGAUUCGUCGUGAAGAUGGAGACGGAGUGGUACCACAGAUUGAGGCACCACAGAUGACUAAUGAAUAUCUGAAGAAGAUGUUUAGGAGUCUAAAUGAGACGCAGGCAGCAAUUUUUUACACUGUCCGCCAGUGGUGUCAGAAGCGUGUGUGGGGUCACAAUCCAGAGCAGUUUUUUUACUUUUUGUCAGGCGGUGCAGGUUGUGGGAAAUCACACGUCAUCAAGUGCAUACACUCGGAAGCAACUAAGAUUCUGCGACAACUCCCUCGACUCCGGGAAGAAGGGGAUCUCUCCGUGCCCACGGUGCUGUUGUCUGCGUUUACUGGAACUGCAGCAUUCAACAUCUCGGGUAAAACGCUGCAUUCCCUUUUAAAACUGCCAAGGAGUCUGAAGCCACCUUAUCAAGGACUUGGGAACGCCCUUGAUGAAGUGAGAGCAGGAUUACGCGACGUGGAGAUUCUUAUCAUCGACGAAAUAUCCAUGGUUUCUAAGGACCUGUUUACUUAUGUAAACUGGAGAUUUCAACAGAUCAAAGGCAACAAGAAACCUUUUGGAGGAAUAUCUUGCCUUGUUGUAGGGGAUUAUUAUCAACUGCCACCGCUUGGUAAAGCCAAACCGCUCUGUGUGUAUGAAGAGGAUAUGCUGGACUUCUGGAAGGACCAUUUUCAAAUCAUCAUACUCACAGAGAUCAUGCGGCAAAAAGAAGACCUCGCUUUCGCUGAACUGUUGAACAGACUACGAGUGAGGCAGAAGACAGAAGCUCUCAGGGAAGAUGAUAGAGCUUUGUUAUUCCAGGCUGUGAAGAAGCCAGAAGACUGUCCACGUGAUGCUCUGCACAUAUUCGCCACUAACAAACAAGUUGACAAGUACAAUACCGAGAUUGUACAGGCCCUUUUCACUGACAUCAUAACGAUUGAUGCCGAAGACUACAGGAAAGACCCAAAAACAGGAAGGAUAAAGAGAUUAAACAAACCUGUCACUGGAAAAAAGGAUGACUUGCUGGACACAAUGCAAGUUGCAGUGGGAGUUCGUGUGAUGGUAACCAGGAACCUGGAUGUAGAAGAUGGAAUUGUCAAUGGAUGUUUUGGCACGAUUGCAAACAUCGUCACCAAAACAAAAGAUGGAAUCGCCACAGUACAAAUGUUAGGACUUCAACUUGACAAUCCGAACGCCGGUCAGAAACACCGCAAAAAGGUACGAGGUGAAGAAGACGUCUUGGUUUACAUUGAGAGAUCUGAAGAAAGUCUGCGGAAAGGAGCCGUUCGUCGACAGUUUCCCAUUAAGCUAGCUUACGCCUGCACAGCCCACAAAGUUCAAGGCAUGACAAUGCACUCUGCAGUAGUGUCAUUGAAGAAGAUUUUUGAGCCGGGAAUGGCCUACGUUGCCCUCAGCAGAACGACAUCUCUACAAGGAUUACACAUUACGGAUUUCGACGACAAGAAGAUAUAUGCUGAUCCUGAAAUCACGACCUCUUUGCAAAGCAUGAGAAGAGCAAGAGUUGAAGAAAUCAUGCCACUUCUGCAGCACGUGAGGGAAAAUAGGCAGGAACAGACACUCACCAUCAUUCAUCACAACACGGAAGGACUGGCAUCUCACAUGGAGGAUAUCAGAUGCCAUCAUGAGCUACAACUCGCCGAUGUUCUGUGUUUAACAGAAACCCACCUGACUGGAUUGUCUACUUCAGAUCUCCAAUUGGAAGGAUACAACUUGUUCACACGCAACAGGCAUGUCUCCUACUCCACACAUCAAGAACUUGGAAGGAAAAAUGGAGGUGGAGUCGCAAUAUAUUGCAAGGAGCACAUUCCAACUCAGCCCAGGCAAUAUAUACAAAAUGUGACUGAUCUGGAGUUUGCUGUGAUCAAAUUGGAUUCCCCAAUAAAAGCAGCAGUGGUAGCUGUGUAUAGGCCACCACAAUAUAGUAUUGGAGAUUUCUUGACCAACCUGAACAGUAUGCUGGAUUACCUGGACCUCACACACAACGAUCUUGUCAUCAUCUGUGGAGACUUCAACGAGGACCUCCUACACCCUGGAAAAAAACCUAUUCUGGAGUUGUUUCAAUCUCGAGGAUACACGCAACUGAUUACAUCAGCGACAACGGAAAAGCACACACUACUUGACCACAUCUACAUUUCAAAUCCGGACUUCUGCCAUCAAUCGGACGUGUUACAGACCUACCACAGUUACCACAAUCCUGUGUACUGUGUAUUGCGUUUUUUUCCAUAGGUAAAUUGCCCGCUAUACCAGGUCACUGGGGCCACUGAAUCAGCAUUAACGACAACAGUGGGGCUACACCAGCCUUAGUUCCCCAGUGGCUUUUGUAUCAGUGGUGUCUUGGCCUUAAGCCAUACGGAACUGGGGUUCCACUUAUCCUCCUCCAUCGACGACAGUGACGUUGCGGUUAUAUUGUGUUGUCUGUUGUAAUAUGAAGGUGUUGUGUCACUGAGUUAUCUAGAGUUCAGCAGCAGGAAGGACGAAGGAGUAGUGUGGCAGCUCCAGGCAGGACAGGAAGUGAAGGCAGCAGAAUACAGGACACAGUCAGGAUUAGUGUAAUAACUCCAGGGAAGACACAGACAGUGAGAGUAACAGCAGCAUUGCAGGAAGAUUUUGGAGACCAUAGCAGUCCUGCAACACUGGAUAUGAGUGUGCAAUAUACCAUCUAAAGGAACUGGUGAGUCAGAAUGUCUGAGAAGAUCAAGUGUGCUUCACCACUGAUGAUGAUGAGCUGGAUACCAGCUUAUGUGCUAAUUUCUUUCAAGGACGCGACCAGAUGUGUUUGGAGUUGAAGACAAUGCUGAAGACCAAAGAAGCAAUGGAAGAAGCACAUUAAAGCACUGAGGGUGUCCAGCCUGUUUGCCAUGUCAGAUCCAGCGGCUAGAUGGCAGGAGAUGCUUCAUUAUACCCCUGAUUGCCUUUAGAUGAUCGAUUAAUUAAUUUUAAUAUAGAUUUUAAAUUAUCUUAUUAUAUUAAAUAAUUGGUCUCAAUUUAAUAUUUCAUAUAUUAGCUUGAGUAAGAAUGUUUUUAUAAUGUGUACGCCAUGCCCGAAGAGGAUGGGUUCCCCCUGAUGAGUCUGGUUCCUCUCAAGGUUUUUUAUCUCCUUAAGAGUUUUUUCCUUGCCACCGUCGCCACUGGCUUGCUCACUGGGGGUGUUGUGUCAAAUCCUGUGUCCCUCUUGCGUCCCUGCCGACCAGGGUUUCCAAAACAACAGUUUGUGACUCAAUUCAUAAUUUUUUUAUUAAAUCAUAGAAAUUUUAACAAAUAAAAGUGAAAUCAUGUUAUGGCUUAGUCACUUACAGUAAAGCAGUAAGCCCUGUGAUGCUUUGAUUAACAGUGCUUUCAGAAAUGCUAAGGGGUGUUAUUGUUUUCUGAAAUCACAGGGCUUAUGUAUGGGCUUAUGCCCCUUAUAAACACUUGUGCAGUAAUAGACGCAAUCAUGGACGGUAAUUGAGUAGUUUUUAAUGGCUUUAAAUGCAACACGCACAAGGUUCACUUUAUUAAAACAAUAAUUCAAACACUUUCAUCACUAUUAUGCCAAAAUAGAAACUUGAUUAAAAAAUCUUUAUUAUUGCAACAGUAAGAUAUUUGUUUUUUAUUUUCAUAAUUCGAUAAUUUUAAUAUGAAGUUAAAAUAAUAUUUAUAUGUGAGCUAGUGCAACAUUAUAGGGUGGGAUUUGGCACAACAGGUGUUUUCUAAAACUUUUAAUAAACAUUUUGGUUGAAUUGGCA